AUGGAGAAGGAGGCAAGCCAACUCAAGGGGUACCGUGUUCAUAAUGUAGAUGAGAAAAUUGCUCCUUACUUCAAUGACACAUGCCACAAGGCAUGGCCAACGGUGCAACAGUUCGUUUCAGAGCAGGAACCAGGCAGCCUGAUUGCUGAUCUGGGUUGCCGAAAUGGCAAAUACCUUCACAUCAGUUCUCAAAUCUAUGAACUGGGUUGCAACUUCUGUUUCCCAUUGGUGGAAUCAGCACAAAAUGAAGGCCAUCGAUAAAUGUUAUGCCGUAGCUUGUAUCUGCCUUAUCAAAGUGAGUGCUUUGAUGCUGUCCUGUCCAUUGCUGUGAUUCACCAUUUUUCAGCGGAAGAGAGGCACAUGUGAGCAAUAAAAGAGAUGGCUUGCAUCUUGAGAGUAGGAGGCCAGAUAAUGAUAUAUGUGUGGGCCAUGGAGCGAAACCAGAGAAGAUUUGAAAAGCAAGACGUCUUUGUUCCUUGGAUCCCUUCACCUCCUUCCUGCUCCUCGGAAUUAGCUGUCAGACAGCAACUUAAAAUAGACCAUCACCCAGAACAAGGAGCUUUCUGCCAGCCUCAGAACAAAAGAACAGGCUCUUUUCUGCAGAAAGCAGUCAAUGAGCACACCCUGACUAUGCAGAGCCGGCAGCAGGAGGGUCCUGGUGGGGCCUGGCUGAGGUACCACCAUGUUUCUAAAGAAGGGAAGUUGGCAGAGCUGAUUGAGCGUCACAUUCCUGAGCUGCGUAUUACCCCUUCAUACUUUGACCAUGCCAAUUGGUCCAUGAACGCAGAAGAGACUGAAGUGUGGAAGAUCUAG